AUGAUAUUUUAUUAUUUAACGGGAAUUCUAUUGUUCCUGUGGCUCUACAUUCUUUGGAGCCGAAGGGAAUUUUACAAGUUAAUAUUUAAAUUGCCGGGCCCUCUUGGCUAUCCAAUUGUUGGCAUGGCUCAUCAUCUAAUAAAGAGGGAAGAAAUUUUACAAGUACUGGAAGCGGAAGAACAAAAGUAUGGACGAACGUUUUUUUCUUGGCUUGGUCCUUUUCCCUUCUUAGUAAUUGGGGAUCCUCAGAUAGCCCAAGACAUCUUAACUUCUCCUCAUUGUGUUAAUAAGAGUUUUUUAUAUAAAGCAGUGGACGAUGGCACCGGCAAAGGACUUUUUAGCUUGGCGAAUCCAAAAUGGAACAGUCACAGACGUCUACUAAAUCCUGCUUUUGGACAUAAAGUUCUUUUGAAUUUCAUACCUGUUUUUAACCAGGAGGUAAAUAAACUUCUGCAAAACCUGGAUAUGUUUUUAACGGAGGAAAUCGAUUUGACGAAAAUAUUUCCAAAUUUCACAUUAAAGAUUGCAGCACUGACGACAAUGGGUGACACGUUGCCUUCCGACGGUUCAAACCACUUUAAUGAGGGACUAUUAAGUUGUUACAAAUGUGUUCAAGAAUCAGUCGCAAAGAUGUGUUUUUCACCUUGGUUGAACUUCAGAGCAUUUAACUGGCUGUGGAAGAAUAAUUCGUCAUAUACGGAGGCCAAAUCCGAAAUUCGAAAUUACAUACGCAAGUUAAUUAUUGGAAAAACAAAGGACGAAUUAGAAAACUCGGAACACAAGUCCACACUUGACCCAAAUAUUUUUAUAAAUCGUGCAAUUGAUUUAGUACGAAAGGGACAUUUCGAUUGGCAGAAUGUUGAAGACGAAUGCAAAAUUAUUGUGUUUGGGGCUUUCGAGACAACUUCAAAUACUAUCGUUUAUAUUCUCACGAUGCUGGCAAUGUUCCCACAAUAUCAGGAGGAGGUUUACGAGGAAGUCAAGUCCAUAUUUUCAAGUAAAGAUGAUGAUGAAGUUUCUUACGAUGAGAUACAACAGAUGGUGUACUUGGAUAUGGUUAUCAACGAAACGAUGCGUGUGAUGGCUCCAGUGCCAUUGGUCGCCAGGCAAACGGAACAUGAAGUUCGCUUAAGUAAUGGUGUUGUAAUUCCAAAAGGGUUACAGGUUGCUAUUGACAUUUUUAAUAUGCAUCGACGAACGGAUAUUUGGGGUCCCGAAGCACACAUCUUCAAUCCGGAUAAUUUUUUGCCCGCAAAUUUGAAUGACAAACAUCCAUAUGCAUUCAUACCAUUUACGAAGGGAAUUCGGAACUGCAUUGGUUGGAAAUAUGCAUUGCUAUCAAUAAAAGUAACCAUCGCCAAGCUAAUAUGGAAAUUUAGAUUUACUACCUCAUUUGAAUACCAACGUCUACAUUUUGUGGAAGACAUUACAAUUAAGUUGAAGGAAAUUCCCCUUUUUCGAAUAUAUGAAAGAAAUAAAUGCCUCAUAAAACAUAUAGUUAAAAAAAUUAAAGAGAUCGACUCGUAUAAGUCAGUACAGCGUAGUCACAAUUUACAUGCCAUGGAAGGAUUAAGUGUACUAUUUUUGUGCCUUUGUGGUGUCGUAAGUGCAUUCGCAAUAUAUUUCGUCUAUUUUAAACGAGACCGUUAUCACCUUAUAACAUCACAACUUCCCACUGUGAAAGGAUUGCCGUUCUUGGGCAUCGCCUAUAAGCUCAUGCCAAUGGAAAAGCUGCUUUACGUUUUGGAAUCAUAUUUCGCGAAAUUUGAGAGCUGGAGUUAUUGCGCUUGGAUCGGACCGCAGCCCUUCCUUGUCACGGUGGAUCUAGAAAUGAUAAAAGAAAUUCUGACUUCAAACAUCUUCUUAGAGAAGUCCAGCACUAUGUACUCAUUCAUCGAUAAAGCCAUUCCAAAUGGAAUCGUCACAAGUCCUGUUGAGAAAUGGAAGCACAAUCGGAAACUUAUGAAUACAGCAUUCACACAUAAAGCCAUAACGAAUUUUAUUCCAAUAUUCACUGAGCGUACCCAAGCCUUGGUGGACAAAAUAAAUGGUUGCGUCGGAAAAGGAGAGUGUAAAGUAUCUGAAAUAAUUAAGCACACGUUUCUCGAUAUGGCACUAGAGACCACUAUGGGUAUGGGCCUUUACCGAGGACAGGAACAACACGAUGAAAUUGUUUACGGAUUUAAUUACAUGUUGGAACAAGUCGCUACCGGUGCCAUGCUUAGCGCAAUAAAUGCCGGAUUUUUGGCAUGUACCCCAAAAUACUACAGAACGCAGGGAUCCAUAAAAUAUUACAUCGAAAGGUUAAUCAAAGACAAGCGGAAGGCGAAAAAGGCGACCGUUGAUAACAUGGCUUUUGAUUGUAGAGAGAAGUACGAGGAAGGCAAUAUAAAAAAGAAUGCAGAUGCUUUUAUAGAUCGCGCACUUAACUUUCAAGCUCGCGGCUUGUUUGAUCAAAACGAUGUAAUAAACGAGACAAAAACCAUCAUUGCUGGGUCAUUCGAUACGGUCUCCACACAAAUCUUCUCAAUACUCAUAAUGCUCGCCAUGCAUCCAGAAGUACAAGAGAAACUCUACGAAGAGACAAAGCACACAAUCGCUCAGCAAGAUGCUCCAGUUGAUUACGAAUAUCUGAAAAAACUGUUAUAUAUGGAUAUGGUGAUAAAGGAGACGCUUCGCUUAAUGCCAUCCAUACCAGUUAUUGGUCGAGAAGCUAUAAAAGAUGCCACAGUUAAUGGCAUACACUUGCCGGAGGGAAUGCAAAUAAUGAUACCUAUUUUUAUUCUUCAUCGACGCAAGGACCUAUGGGGACCGCUUGCUAAUUCUUUUAACCCAGAUAAUUUCCUCUCGGAAAACGUGAGUAAACGUCAUCCUUAUGCGUAUAUGCCUUUCUCGAAAGGAUCACGCAACUGCAUAGGGUGGCUUUAUGCAGAUAUAGUUUUGCGCGUGAUGCUUCUGGGUUUGAUUCGCAAUUUUAGGUUUUCAACAACAUUUCGGUAUGAAAAUCUGGUAUUUGCUGACCACAUAAGUUUGAGAUACGUUGAAGAACCGAAGCUGCAGAUAUAUCGAAGAAAUAUUGAUUUACAAAAAAAAAACUGAUCAGCCAGAUUCGGAUGUAUAUCAGUUGGAAUG